AUGUUUCUCCAAACGGCAGCGAAGCUGCUGCUCUCAGCAAGCUUGCUGCUGAGCUCGGCAGUGGCGCACAACAUCCAGCUCCCGGCGCAUGGGCGCGAGUGCUUCCACGAGAACCUGCACUCGGGCGACAAGAUGACGGUGACCUUCCAGGUUGGCGACCGGGAGUUUGGCAGCGCCGGCAACCUCGACAUUGACUUCUGGAUUACCAACCCCGUGGGCGGGUACGAGGUCAACGACAAGUCGGUGUCGAACGGCGACUUCACGUUCAACGCGCGGCACGACGGCAAGUACGUCUACUGCUUCGGCAACGAGCACUGGGGCGCGUCGUCCAAGGAGGUCUCGUUCAACGUGCACGGCAUCGUCUACGUGUCCGAAGCGGACGCGCCGCAGGACCCGCUCGAGGCCGAGGUGCGCAAGCUGUCGGACAUGCUGGAGCGGGUCAAGGACGAGCAGGCCUACAUCGUCGUGCGCGAGCGCACCCACCGCAACACGGCCGAGAGCACCAACAGCAGGGUCAAGUGGUGGAACAUCUUUGUGAUUGGCGUCGUCAUUGGCGAGAGCGUCUUCCAGGUCUGGUGGCUGCGGAGGUUCUUCGAGGUCAAGAGGGUUGUUUAA